AUGGAUUCACAGCUCAAAGACUUAUCUUCAAAACCCCAAUCUCCCACUUCUCAACCCAAUCUCAAAGACGCUUCUGAUAAUGACGAUCUCCCCCUCCUCAGCCCCACCACCGCCACCACCACCACCACCACCACCGAUGACGACAAAUCUGACUCCUCCACACCCCGCCCCAGCAUCGAAGAGCUCGAGAAGAAAUACGCCGCUUAUGUCCGACACGAUGUGUAUGGCACCAUGGGCUGUGGAGAGCUACCCUGGCCGGAGAAGGUUUUGUUAGGAAUUGCGCUCGUUACGCUCCUCCCUCUGCGGGUGGUGUUGGCGACGACGGUGGUUGUGCUGUAUUACUUGAUCUGUAGGGUUUGUACUCUGUUUAUGGCACCAAAUCGGGAAGACGAACAGGAGGAUUACGCUCACAUGGGUGGGUGGAGGAGAACUGUUCUCUAUUGGUCUGGAAGGGUUCUUUCUAGGAUUAUGCUUUUCGCGUUCGGAUUUUAUUGGAUUCAGGAGACUUGCAGGAAUCCAAAAAUCAAUGGAAGCAUCAACAAUGAGGUGGAUUUGAAUGAGCAAUCUGAGGAAGAAGAUGAACGACCUGGAGUAAUCAUAUCAAAUCAUGUUUCACAUUUGGAUAUUUUGUACCAUAUGUCUUCCUCAUUUCCAAGUUUUGUUGCCAAGAGAUCAGUGGGCAAGCUUCCUCUGGUUGGCCUUAUAAGCAAGUGUCUUGGUUGUGUAUAUGUCCAGAGGGAGUCUAAAUCAUCAAAUACAAAGGGCGUUUCAGCUGUGGUGAACGAGAGAAUUCAAGAAGCCCAUGAAAAUAAGUCUGCACCCAUGAUGAUGCUUUUUCCAGAAGGAACAACUACAAACGGGGAUUAUAUACUUCCAUUUAAAACUGGUGCAUUUUUGGCUAAAGCUCCUGUUCUUCCUGUUAUUUUGAAAUAUCCUUAUGAAAGAUUUAGCCCUGCCUGGGAUUCCAUAUCUGGGGUGCGGCAUGUGAUUUUGCUGUUAUGUCAAUUUGUAAAUAAAAUGUCGGUGACACGGUUGCCAGUUUAUUACCCCUCACAACAAGAGAAGGACAAUCCUAAAUUAUAUGCCGAAAAUGUUCGCAGAUUGAUGGCUCGUGAGGGUAACUUAAUAAUGUCAGAUAUUGGUUUGGCAGAGAAACGUGUAUAUCAUGCAGCUCUCAAUGGUUUGUUUUUUCAACGGUAGAUUCAGACUCGUACAUACUUUUUUAUUAUUUAAAACAAAAUUAGUGAAACUUUCGGACAAAUUCUUUGGAAUACGUAUCUCUCUUAAGUAAAACGUUAGUUGUAUUGUAUUAUGUUAUCUGUAGAGAUUGAUAUUUAUUAUCCUUGGUUUGAUAUGUAUUAAGAUUAGAUUGGGAGCCUCAGAUCAUAUAAGCACAUUGGUUCUCUACUAGUGCAAUCAAUAAACACAUUGGUUCUCCUAAAACUUAUAUAGGUAGUUUGAUUACAAAUACACAACUAAUUAACGAUCAAACCGCCUUUUUUUUAGAAGAAAAAAACCGAAUCUAAUUAUCAUUGUGCACACGAGUUGUUGCUAGAACGUCUCAAUUCCCAAGGUGGCAAGCACCCUUUCAAAGGCGACUGCAAAAGCAAAGAAGAUGUUGACAAGUGUCUCUGCCUUGAUGAAACCGAUGCCAGGCAACUAAAACUACUGCUUCUUAGCCUUCGCAUCUCACUCUCACCCUCACCCUCACCCUGGUAUGGUAAGCAUCGUGGAUCGUGUUGCACUGUAGACACUUUUAGUGCUUCUGGUAGUACACAGCUAAAAGCUGAACCUGUACACAUGACUUAAUUUGGUAAGCUGUAUGACAACUAAUACCCAAUGUGUAAACAUGUAUGUUCAAAUAAAAUGUUGUGUCCAUAGACAACUGUUUAAUCAACUAUUUGAAUGGGUAAAGUCAUUUUACCAUUUUACUAUUUCUGUUUAAAAGUGUAAGGUACAUCAUCAAUUGAG